AUGAGUUCAACGCCGAUACCAGCUGAGUAUGAUGACACCAGAAUCUUGGGUUACGACCCAUUGAUUUCUCCCGCGGUGUUGCAACAUGAAAUUAGAGCCAGUGCUAAGUCAUUAGAAACCGUAAUCAAAGGUAGAAUCGAAGCUUCACAGAUAAUUAAGGGCAAGGAUGACAGAUGUUUGGUCAUAGUGGGACCAUGUUCUAUCCAUGACCCAGAAGCUGCGAUGGAAUACGCAGCCAGAUUAAAAAAAUUAUCAGUUAAGUUAGAAAAGGACUUGGUCAUUAUAAUGAGAGCAUAUUUAGAAAAGCCAAGAACUACUGUUGGCUGGAAGGGGUUGAUCAAUGAUCCUAAUGUUGAUAACACAUUUGAUAUCAAUAAGGGUUUAAGGAUCUCCAGAAAAUUGUAUGCUGACUUGACUGGUGUUGCUGAGUUACCAAUAGGUUCUGAAAUGUUGGAUACUAUCUCGCCACAGUACUUCUCUGACUUUUUAAGUUUCGGAGCUAUUGGUGCAAGAACAACAGAGUCCCAGUUACACAGAGAGUUAGCAUCAGGUUUGUCUUUUCCCAUUGGAUUCAAGAACGGUACAGAUGGAGGUUUAAGAGUCGCCUUAGAUGCGGCUCAAGCUUCUUCGAAGGGUCACCACUUUAUGGGAGUUACCAAGAAUGGAACGGCUGCUAUCACGACCACGAAGGGUAACGACCACUGCUUCAUUAUUUUAAGAGGUGGUAGAAAUAUCACUAAUUAUGAUGAAGAAUCUGUCAAACAAGCGAAAGAAGCUAUUAGUAAAUCCACCGAACCAGGACUUACUUUAAUGGUUGAUUGUUCCCAUGACAAUUCUCAGAAAGAUUAUAGAAACCAACCAAAAGUUUUGGAUUCCGUUGCUUCUCAAAUAGAAAAAGGCGAAAACAAGAUAAUCGGUGUUAUGAUUGAAUCACAUAUCAAUGAAGGUAAACAAAAUAUGCCUGCUUCAAAUGAAGGAAAAUCUGCUUUAAAGUAUGGUGUAUCAAUCACUGAUGGGUGCGUCUCUUGGGACUCUACUGUUGAUAUGUUGAAAAAAUUAAGUAAGGCCGUUCAAGCUAGAAGAGCACUUAAUCAUUCUUAA